UGACGAAAUAGGCCUAUAGAGGGCGCUUGCUAGAAAUAGUGUCAGGGCCAGCCAGAGUUGUUAUAUAUAUAUACAUAGGGACUGUGUGGGUACAGUCAGUUCAGUUAGGGAGUUCAAUCAGUGCAGGUGGUUGUGUUACAUAAGUGGUCAGUGCAUGCAUGCUGCAGUGCACUCAAGUCAGUUUCAGUUCAGAGUUUAUCACAGUUAGACCUCCAAUUCAGGGUGCAAUCCCUACAGUUCUGCUUUACAUUUAUAUUUGUUGAAGACCUCGAUUGUUCGGAGGAUACGUGCUGUUAACUUCUGAGUAAUAAAGACAAGUUGAAAGAUGGCUCCAUCCAGGAAGGCGAUCUUUUGCAGAGAUUGCGGAAGAAAAUUCUAUGACGGACUAGAACUAAGAAGGCACGUCAGAGAAAAACACCAAUUUGAGGAAAGACAGGAGGACAGGGGACGAGAGGAGCCAGACAAGAGGAAACACAGAUGUGAACGAUGCAAAUAUAAAACAACAAGAUCCUCCAACCUCCGGCGCCACAUGAUGUUGGUGCACGAGAAGAACUUCUGUUCAAGAGACCCACUUGGUUUGGAUGUAACAAGCACAGGUACGUCGCAGGGACUGCAUCCAAUUAGUCCAGUAGCGAUUUCUGUCACCACUUCAAAUGGAUUUCAGACGCCACCAGCCCCUCAGCGCCCUUCUGGCAAGCCCCUUGCAAUGCUGAUGCAAAGUAUGGAGGACACGGAUGAGGAGGAGGAGAAACCAACGUCUCCAGCACAACCCACAGAAACCCCUUUGACUCAACCUCUACCUGAACCUGUUCUGUCACUUUCAUCUGCUUUCUCUUCACGGCCCGAACCUGCUUCAUCUCCAUCUGCUCUAUCUACGCAACUUGUACCAUCUUCUGUCUCUUCCGAAUCGUCUUCUGGGUCUAUCCUUGUCACUGUCGUCGAGAAGAGGGUCCAACGCUUUUAUUCGCGAGGAAAACUUAUCCGACAAAAGGACUCAACAGAAACAUUUUUACAGCUUGUGCCUGCUGCUUGGGACCAGCAACAGGACUGCCACCACCAACUGCAGAAGUGAUUUAAGAGACUGUAUUCCCGUCUAUUCCUGAUGCCUUGAUAUGUUAUGUAUUUUGUUUUUAAAUGAAAAUGGAAUUCUUUCUUUCUUUUGCACUUUUCCAUUCUCUUCUCUGAUGCUC